GAAGGGAAAGCAGUUGCAGGGAUUGAAACGCGGGAAGUCCACGUCCAGCUGUGUCUUGGUGAUGGCGGGCCGCGACCUGCCUCUAUUUUAAGUCGUCCAGAUGCAGCGGAGACGAGGUCAUUUGCCGGUUGGCCACAAGGUCGGAGGUGGCCCGUUGCCCCUCUCGCAACGGAACUAUGGCCAGAUGAACAGCAGACCCAUGCAGGGUCUUGCCACGCAGUAUGUCACGUCAUCUCAGGCCAGCCAACCCCCCCUGCCACACAGCCCACAGCUGAUGGUACCACAGCAGCAGUGGCAGCCCCAAUCACCACAGCAGCCACUCACACAGCAGCAGCCUGACAGCAACUGGGGCUGGGACAACUCUGGUGCUUGGAACUGGGAUGAGAGUGAUAAGGCCCCACAGCACCACCAGCAGCAACCACAGCAGUACACCCAUGGCUUCCCACAGCACCAUCAGCCACAGCAGCACACCCCACAGCUGUUUAGCAAGCCUGCGGAGAAUGCUACUUACCGCCACAUGCAGCCCUCGCCCACCACCAGUGUUCAGCCACAGCCACAGCCACAACAGACGCCACAGCCACAGCCACAGCAGACGCCACAGCCACAGCCACAGCAGACGCCACAGCCACAGCCACAGUACAUGAACGGCAGCAGUCAGAAUGGGAACAGCACAGACGAGUGGAGUAACUGGGGUGAAGACUGGGGCUCAUUCGAUAACGCCAACAACAACAAUGUAAAUAACAACAACAACAACAAAACAACCUCUUACGCUAAGCAGGAGAACACCACCGGCUCACAGCAGAACUACCAGUACCAGCAGCAGGUGUACCAACAACAACAACAACAACAACAACAACAACAACAGCAGCAGCAGCAGCUGCAACAGCAACAACAACAACAACAACAACAACAACAACAGCAUUAUCAUCAACAUCAACAGCAGCAGCAGCAUAGCCAGUACACAGGACAGCAGCCACACUACACAGCACCAUCACCACAGCAGAGUGUACAUCCAGCGCAGCCUGCAGAGAACAGCCAGCCUCACUACCAGCCACAGCAAACACAGCAGGAGGCAACACAGCAGCAGCAACAGCAGACAGACGACAACUGGGGCUGGGACAGUGAUGACUGGCAGGUGAAUGGCCAGAUUAAUGAACAGCCACAGGACACAGCCGCCCCACAGCCCCCACAGCAGGAAGCACGGAAGCUCAGCAGGGAGUCAGCAGGUCAUGAGACGAGAGCUUCCCCUGCUGUGAAUGCUGCCGGUGCUGCGGGAGAUGGCUGGCCUGAUUGGGAAGAACAGAUGCCGGUCACAGCAAGCCAGAUACAGCAGCAGCAGGACCAGCAAAGCCACACAGCAGAGUCUGGGUCCUACCAUGGUGGUGAGGAAGCUGUGUUGAGCCACCAGGAAGCACCACAGUGGACACAGCAGCAGUGGGAGACCUGGGGACAUGACACUGUUGAGGGAGGGGCUGACCACCACACUCCUACCACCACCACCACCACUGACCCCCAAACCUACACCUACUAUGACCAUUAUCAGCAAAAACAAGAUGCUGCACAGUAUGAAGCCCCUGAACAGCCCCCAGCACAGCCUCCAGCACAGCCACCAGCACAGCCACCAGCUCAGGCCCCAGUACCACACACACAGGAGCACCACAGCAUCAUGACUGCAGCCUCUGACAGCCACACAGAGCACAGCAGUACUGGCACAACCACCACCACCGCCACCACUGUUCAGCCGUCUACCAUAACAAUGAACCGCUUUGAUGACGACAAUUGGGGAGAUGGCUGGGGGGAAAUGGAAGUCCCACAAGCAACGCCACCACCACACAGCACCGCGGAGGCAGCCCCACAGCCACAUGAUGCCCCUGACUGUAUCCUGAAGGACACACACUUACCAGAACCUCACGUCCCACAGAAGGAGUCCGGGUUACCUACUUACACUGAAGGAGCAGAGGCAUGGGACAGUGACUGGGAUGAAGAGGGAGAGAAGAUUGAACCAGGUGCGUCCUACAGUGUCCAGGCUGUUGCUGAGGGAGUGGCGGAGAUGACGCUUACUCACGCGACUGUGGAGGCAUCCUAUUCACAUCCUUCAGUGAGUGAGGGGUCCUUCUCACACAUCCCUGCUAGUGAUGGAGGACUCAGCACUCAGUCCUUACCUACUGAAGACCCCCACAUGCAGUCUAUCCCUGGGGAGUCCUUUUCUCAUCCCCAACUGGCCGAGAAGUCCUAUUCGCAUCCUAUAACUGGUGAAUCUCUUAGUGAUGAUCCUGUAUCUCAACCUGCCUCUCAGCCUCACCAAUCUGCUCCUGAAGGAUAUCACCAAACUGAAGGACUCCAACACCACUCAGUUUCAGAGUAUCCUAUUACGGAAGGAUCUCACCACAUACCAGCUUCAGGAUACCAUGAUUCUCGACUUGAAGGACACCAUGCAGCGCCCUUGGAAGGAUAUCAACAGCCAGAAGUGUCAGGAUACCAGCAGGAUCUAGGCAGUGAGGGGUCCUACACACACAAGCCAGAUUCCACACCCACACCACCACUGCCACCACCACCAAGCUACUUACAGGAGGUGGAGGAGCUACCCAUACACCCCACCCACUGCCACCCACUCAGGAACCCACACCACCCACACCACCCUCCCCACAUACACCAUCCAUCUCCUUCACCCAGCCCCCAUGUCCCAUCCCCAUCUCUUAGCCCCAUUACCCCUGGCCUUCAUUCACCAUCCCUAAGCCCCCAUACACCAAGUCAGCCUCAUCACCAGUCCCCAUCGCUCAGCCACACUCAAUCACAGCCCCAUUAUGAUAACGUGGAAGUCGCACCACCACCACCACCACAGACCCAUCCUCCAGCAGAUCCCAUCUUCUCAAGGAUACCGGAUGGGGCUUCUUCCAUUCCUGAGGGACCGCCAGCCCCCACAGGGAUGGUGAGUGAGAGGCAAGGCGAAGGUCAGAGCCAGACAGCAGAGACUCCCAGGCAGGGUGGGACAGCGGGAGGCACCAGCAGCAGCAGCAGUGUGGCGGAGGUGACGGUGGAGCACCAGGCUACCCCCCACCCCCCACAGCCCUCACAGACCCUGCACCCAGCACUGGAGCGCCCUGCAUCCAACCAGUCAGCCCACUCAGCACACUCGCUCCAUUCAGCCCACUCCAUGACACUGAAUCAAGAAGUGCCGCUGGAUGAGGUAGCAGAGGUCAGCAGUCAGCAGGGAGACCAAUCAGCAGUGCCAGGUGUAGGUGCCAGUGCCAGAUCUUCAUGGGAGGGUGCCACUGUGCCACCCUCCAUCCCCCCCACCACACCUCAGUUCCCAGGGCCUCACGGUGCUGUACCGAGCCUCAAGCCACGAAAAGGCAGCCCCUUCCAACCCCCCCCAGGCAGGGACACGCCCCCUCCCUCCUCUGUGCCUCAGGGUUACCAGUACUUCACUCCCCAGACCUCUGCAGGUGACGCUGUGCCUGCCAAGCCCCCUGUGCUGUAUCCAGAUGUCGGUGCCAACUUGGAGACACUGCCAGAUAACAAUGAGCUCCUCAGCAGUGCCAUGGAGCAGCCUGGCCCGUCCCUGUGGUCCGCGGCAGACACUGUGGCCCCUGUAAAGCUGACCGUUGCUGCCCCACCCCUCGAUGCCACCCCUGCCCCGGCCCCAGCCCCGCCAGCCCAGCCACAGGCCCCUCCACCCUCCAAUGCCAUCCCGCUAGUGGUGCCAGGGCUGGUGAAGGAGGAGAGGCCCAAGGAGGCCCCCAUGGCACUCCAGCAGCCUUCCCGGGGCACGCACUCUGACCCCCCAGCAGCCCACAGUGCCAACCUGCAGGCUGCUGUCGCCAAGCCCAAGAUACAGUCCUUCUCUGCCCUGGGGAACACCGCCACCCCAUCCUCCCCUGCUGUGCUGGACCUCUCCAAGCCCUCCAGGGUCCCCACGGAGGCCCCUGCAGAGGACAGGCCGCAGGGAGACAGGGAGACACCAAGCUUCAGCCGCAUGGUGCCAGGGGAGUCUAGGAAGGGUGAGUCUGCUGCUGCUGCAACACCCUACCAGACCCCAGCAGUGGUGCCCUCCAUGCCCUCAGAGCGCGUGGUGACCGGCAACGACAACCCACAGCCGGUGGUGGCGGUGGGCAUCAAGCAGGAGCCCUCGGAGGUCAGGUCACCCCCGGACGGCCCUGACACCAGCCACCACAGCAGCCAGGCGGCCCAGGUGGUGGUGCCACCGGUACGCAGCGAGACUAUUGGCUCGGAGGAACCCAAGCUCAGGAACUUCACCUCCGGGAACUCUGGGAGCCGCUCUGACCUGGCAGGCGGUGACAGAGGGGAGCGUGGUGACCGAGGGGAGCGUGGCGGUGGCCGUUGGGAGCGCGACCACUCUAGAGACCGCACAGGGGACACCAGCACUCACCGCAGCACGGACCGCUACCGAGAGCGCAGCAGGGAGCGAAGCGGCAGGGACUACUACCGAGACGACUCCCCACACAGCCGCCGCUCCUACGACAGGGACUACGAGGACCGCCGCCGCUGGAGACGGGACUCAGACGACGACGAGGACAGCGACCGCCGCUACUACGACUCGCGGGACAGGCGGGAGAGGGCGUACCGUGACGAGAUGGACCGCUACAGUGACCGCCCGCUGAGGGAAGAGGCCAAGGACCGCAGGGACGGCAAGAGGAGAGACUACAAGGACCGCUCUAAGGAUUCCUACAGGGCGGGAUACGAAGAUGACCCUUACUAUGGAGGCAGUGGCCGGGGGGACAGAUCCCAGCCACUCUCUCGCUCCAGCAGUAUAAACAAUCUUGAGGAGUCAGAACGGUCACACCACCACCACCACCGCCACCACCACAGGGAUUACUAUGACCACAGGGAUACGCGCUCCAGGGACGAUCCGAGGGACAGGGACACCGCCUACUUCAGGGACCCCAGAGAGUACUACAGAGGCUGGGAGGGGCGUGACGGCAGGAGGGAACAACGGUACUAUGGCGCCAGGGGAUAUCGCUGCAUUAGAGAGCCGCCGCCACCGCCGCCGCUGAGCCCCGCCAUGGUACAGCUGGCACAAAACACACCCAUGCCGCCCCUGCCGCCCAUGGCCCCUGGUGCUCUGGUUCCUCCGCCUGGCCCUCUGCCCCCGCCCCACCCCCAGAACCCGAUGACGCAACCACAACAGCUGACUGGAGACCCCGCCGCCGCUCAGCUGGGCCGGCCUCCCCCGUCCCCCGCCGCCGCCACCUCGCCACAGCUGGCACCCAAUGGCAACCACCCCAGGCACUCCAGGCCGCCCUCAGGCACCCAGCAGGCACGCAACGGCCACCCAGACCCCGCCCACACCGCCCAUCAUGCACCACGGGCCGCCGCCACCCGCAGGGACCAAACUAGCCGGAAGGACACGGCUCAAGGACACGUACGCCUCAGGAAGGACGUCCCGGAUUCCUUGUACUUGCAGGACCGAUGGAGUUACUACGGGGACCCCAGGGUGAGGGCCGACCAGGGGUUCCUACGGGAGGAGAGGCACAAGCGGUGGUCUCGGGAUGGGGACGGCAGCAGCUGGGCCCCGAGGGAGAGGAGGCACCCGGGGGACAGCAGGAGUGAGGUGUCUGAGGGCGCUGGGAAGGAUGGGGCGAGAGACUUGGUGAAAACAGACGCUGAGAAUGGAGGAGGUGGUGAGGAACGUGUUGGGGAGACCAGACGACGGCCCCAACACCCUCAACACCCACCACACCACUACCAGGACACCCCCCGCAGCACACACCCACCGCACGCCCCCCGCACGCUGCCGAGACACUAUCGAGACCGUCCUAGGGAGCAGGAAGGUGGAGAGAGAGAAAGAAACCGUGAUAGAGACAGAGAACACGAGAGGGAUAGAGAACGUGACAGGGAGAGAGAGAGGGAGAGAAACAGAACCCACGAUAGAGAACGCGAUAGAGACCACGAGAGGAGCAGAGAACAAGGAGAACCGCGCCGUAGAGAACCAGUAGGCGAGGAAAAUGGUUACGACUCCGACCACUCCCGUAUGUCUCGCUCCACCGCCGUCAGCUACUCCUCCAGGUCACUCCCACGACGACCCCGCGCCGACUCCAUCACCUCCCACGCCUCCCGCGCCUCCUUCAGAAACCCAGGGAGACACAGGGGGUAUGAGGAGAUGUACGACCCCUACCACCAGUACUACCCCUACAGCCAGUACUACAAGGAUUACUACCAGUGGGUGAAGCAGUACCGCCAGGCUUACCAGUCCGAGUCCUUCUAUGAUGACCGCACCAGCAUCCACUCCGGUCGAUCCUCCGUCAACAAUGAACCCGAGAAGUCUGUUAGCAGUCCCCGUGUGGCCUAUGAUCCUUAUGGCUACUUUUACGGCCCUCCCAGUCAACCCCCAUGUCACUCCAGCCAGUUCCUCCAGGACUUCCAUGGGACCUCUGCCCUGGGACACUUUGAACCCUCCCCAAUAUACCCUGAUGGUUCACUUUCCCGCCUCAAGUCCUAUCCCAGUGGGGAGCUGAGCGGGGCACCGUCUGUGGGAGAUGACAAUGUGAGUGAGCCAGCACAGCGCAUGACCCCGGUGCACUUUGGCCGGCCUCACAUCAGCGCCAGGUUCACACCGUCGGGCCAGCUGGUGAUGGUGCUGCCCAAGGACCCGCGGGAUGGAGAGAAGGCGGUGGUGCAGCUGAGGGAUGUGCAGAAGAUGUUGUGUGUGGACCCUGCUGAGAGUCGAGCUGUCCACCAGAUGAAGAACUACUCCGGCCCACUGACCCUGUCUGACACUCACAAGGACGUGGUGAUGAAGUACUGCGAGCACCAGGCAGCGGAGGCGGGGAGGAGCCUCACCCUGGCAGACAGGGAAUCUGUCAUGCUGAUCUGGGAGUACCUGGCCCUCCUGGUGAAGCAGAACGGCAAGCUGUUUGGCAGUGACAUCGCAGGGCUGCUGCUCAAGGGACGCGAGGUGGCCCCCGCCCCGGCACACCCUAGCCCCCACACAGAGGAGCCCCCAGAGGAGGUGCCGUCUGACACCAGUCCCCAGGAUGAGGGGAUAGACCUGCCCCCCCAGCCCUCUGCGCUUCCCCCCGGCAGGGAUGAGGCAGUGCUCCUGAAGAAGUUCACGGAGUACCUCUGUCUGGGCCGCAAGAAAGAGGCGGUGGACUACGCCAUCCGAGAGGGUCUGUGGGGCCAUGCACUGGCCCUGGCCUACAAGAUGGACACCACCACCCACACCCGGGUGCUGGCCGCCUUCAUGAGUCACAUUCCUCGCACCGAUGUGCUCCUCACACUCUUCCAGCAGCUGUCAGGCAAGAAGCCGGAGAUCACCAAGAGCUACAGUCCCCAGCAGUGGGGCGACUGGAGGCAGCACCUGGCUGUCAUGAUUUCCAAUCCCACCGGUGCCAACCAUAAGGACCAGGCCUCCAUUGUGGCACUGGGGGACACCCUGGCGGCGCGGGGACAGCUGCACGCCGCACACUUCUGCUACCUGGUGGCUGAGGUGCAGUGGGGGUCCUACACCUGUAAGGACUCCAAGCUGGUGCUGAUCGGAGCCUCACACCACCUGCCCUUCCAGGCCUUUGCCACCAUUGAGGCCAUCCAGUGCACCGAGGUGUAUGAGUUUGCCCGCUCUCUGGACAGCAGCAACAGCCCUGCGCUGGACACCUUCCAGUCGUACAAGCUGGUGUAUGCGUUGCGGCUCACCGAGUGUGGCUUCCCUGCCGAGGCCUUGAGGUACUGUGAGGUGAUCAGUCAGUCUGUGGAGAAGAACCCCACAGCAUACAAGGUGGAGUUCCUGUCACAGGUGUACGACUUGGCCUCCCGCCUCAAGUACCAUGACCUGCACUACCAGAUGUAUCAGGGCGAGGUGUCCGAGAUGCCUGACCCACAGUGGCUCACCAACCUGAGGGCCGUGUUGGACGCAGCGCGGCACCGAGAGCACCAGGAACGCUUGGACCACCAGCAGGACAUCACCAGAAGCGAGGACGUCCAGGCAUACUCACAGAUGUACUCCCAGGAUCAGCCCUCACAGGAGAACCAGACCAUGGCAGUUGAUCCUAAUUACUCCAUGGCAGACACCACUCAGCCUCACAUCCCCAUCAUGGACCCACACACGAGCUAUGGUGCGGCCACGAGUCAGCCCUACCAGCCCCAGGACUCGGUGUAUGGUGGCCAGCCCCCCUCUGAUGUGAUGGACAGCUCUCUCUAUGCCGCUGCCUCACACUCCCCCAGCAAGAGUGUAGAUACUCCCCCAGUGAACCGCUAUCCUCAGGAGGAGGGACCAUCUGCUGUGGAGACUCCCAUGAUGUCACAGCCGUCACCAGAACACUCCCAGUAUUCCCAGGACACCACCUACCAGGGCUCCUACCACCAGCAGGAGCCUUACCUCCACCCCACUACCCAGCAACCCAAUAGCUUCGAGCAAGGGAGUGGAGGAGAGCAGACCAUGAACGACACCUCACUCGCCCAGCCCAGCAAUCAGGGAGGCUACCAAGGAUACCCACAGCAGGACACCUACCAGCAGUGGACGCAGCCACAGCUACAGCCCACAGAGGGAGGUGGUAUGCCAGCCCCCUCUGACGCUGCCCCAAAGCCUACAGAGUCUCCAGCCCCACAGCAGCAGCAGCAGCGAACCCCUGAAGAGGAGGCGUACUGGGCCGAAAUGUCAAACAAGAAGGAAGGCAGUGACCCGCUGAAGGUGGGCAAGGGAAGGGGCCAGGAAUGGAGGCAUGGCCCGGAUCACUCCCUCAAGCAGCAUGAGGGUAGAACAAAGAGGGUGUCCUUCAAGCCACAGGCAAGUCCACUGCAGGAGAGAAAGCGAGCCGUGCCCCCGGCCACAAAGGACAAGACAGAGCUGGCCAGGAGUGCCUCUCGGACAGUUCACACUAACCCCACUAACGGUGCCGCCUCACUCACGCCACCCAGACACCCUCCCGGCACAGAGAAGCACCUCACCCACAGCGUCGAGGUGGUGGCCUCCCUCCCCGCCAACCACCCAAACCGCAUCCUUCCCUUCUCUUGCAUACCCCGCACCUUCCCCCCUCCCAAGUCCUUCACCCAGCAGCGCCUCAGAGUUCCCUCCAACCCUCUGGUCUUUGGCGGCUCCUUCCCCAUAGACGAGCCCCUGUCGCCGCGCCAGCUGGGCUCCGGCGGCGGCAGAGGAACACAGGGCAGCCUCCCCACCACACCUCGGACCUACCAGGUGGACACACUGUGCUGCCAGGCGCCAAACCUCUGUGAUGAGCAUGCCAAGCUGGGCCACGACACUGAGCUGGCCCGGGCCACGGCACGCUGGGAGGCGGCACAGAGCAGGGCCAACAUGGAGGAGGAUGGUGAAGAUGGAGAUGACGAGGACGACGACGAUGAGUGUGACGAGAGCAUACUGAGCCCACCCAUCACCGCCACUGCCACCACUGCCACCACUACCACCUGCCAGCUGCCUGCGUCCUCCCUAGCCUUCCAGGGGGCUUGUAGAAACUGUAGUGGCCCCUGUCCUCCCCCCUGCCACCCCGCACCCUGCCAGCCAGUGCUCACCUAUCCUGUUGAUGGCCAUGUAGAAGGCGGCCUGGUUCCCCUCACUGAUGAUGAUGAUUAUGACUACCAGGAGGAAGAGUAUGAUGAGUUUGGUGGCGACGUGUACGAGUACGAGGACGACUACGUGGAGGAGGAGGAGGAGGAGUGUGGGGAGGCCCUGGUCAUGGUGGAGGGCAGGCACCGAGACACAACCACCGACUUCCACCUCAGACAUCGCCACCCUCAGGUUGCCACCACCACCACCACUGCCUCACCCGCACCCUCCAUCGCCGCCGCUGCCGCUGCGAAUGAAACCCUGGCAUCUGUGGAAAUUUCUUACUCCAGCACACCCGUCGCUCAGUUGUCCUCUCCUUCGCCUCUUCUUCCUCUUCCCUCUCCUCCACUGUUACCACCAUCCACACAUCCACCACCACCACUACCUCCAUCGACGCUCGUGGGUGACGCGCCCCAUCCACCCUCGCCCCCUAACUGUCUGGCACCUCAGAGCGGAGGCAGCAGCACCACCAGUAACACGAGCAAGGAGGCCAAGGCAGAGGAGAGUAAACCAGAGGAGGACAAGAAGAAGAGUGCAGCCAAGGAUAGCAAGGCAGGGAACAACAAGGGAGGCUGGCUCUCUAGUUUGCUGCCUUGGAAGAGCUCCACACCACAGGCCAAGCUUCCCGAUGACAAUAAUCCCCAGAUUGUGUGGGACCCGGAUAAGAAGAAAUGGGUGAACAAGGACGGCACAGAGGAGACCACCGCCCCUGUUGCUCCACCCCCAAAGAUGCCACAGCCAGGCCGGGGACUGCCAUCCAGGGGAGUCAAUCGCAUGACGCGCUAUGUGGACCCCAUGAAGGACAAAGGGACAGGAGGAGCGGCAACACAACCUCCAAUGCUUCCCUCAGUGCCCAUGGUGAGCCCCUCUGUGUCCCCUUCCCUCAUGGUGCCCCAGCCUAUGCCACCCACACAGGAGAACAAGGAAGCUGGCGGCCCACAACCACAACCACAGCCUCAGCAGCAACCACCACAGCAGCAGCCCCCACAGAACCCCGAGGUGGCCCAGCUUGCCAUUCCUAGUUUCAAGUUCACUAGGAAGGAGCAGAAGCAGGAGGAGGAUGAGGAGGGGGUGGAGGAGGUGGAGAUGGAGAUGGAGGAGGACGAUGAUGAGUAUGAGGACUGUAGUGGAGCAGAGAGUUUCAUAGAUGUGGUUGUAGAGUGCAGGUGUGAUGAGGAAUGUGUCACAAAUAACAGGACUCACAGCAUGUGCUGCUUCAAAGCUAUGAGGCGAACGCGCUAUAUAUCAGAAAGCUCCAUUGAUUUAGAGGAUGACUGGCCACCCGCCAAUACUGAGGGGACAUUGAGUGAGGAGAUGCGCGGGGCGGUGCCCAUGAUGGCCCCGCCGAUGGGUCAGCCUCAGUUCUUUGACCCGUCGCAGUUCAAGCCUUCCCCCGGCACGCCUGUCAACGCGGCCCGGCGCGCUGGUCCUGGCAGGAGAUCCUUCCCUGCCAACCGAUAGGGGGCAUUGCUCCCUCGCUGGGCGGGCUCCUGAUAACCUUUGUUAUGCUGUGAUCCACACCUGUCUCCUAUACUAGGUUUUAAUUGGAUUUUGUUUAUCCCGAAUAUUACAGAGUAUUUAUUGCAUAGACUAUAUCACUGAAAUUUUUGAAUCUGAUAACAACAUUGUAUUGAGAGUUAUCCUGUAGCAUAUAUAUAUAUACAAAUAUGUAUAUGGAGGUGUACCUUCCACGGGGAAAAUUUAGUAGAGUUUUUAAUUUUGUCAACAGAAAUGCAUAUCUAAAUCUAGGAUGUUUAUAAUUGUUAUUAUUAUUAUUAUUAUUAUUAUUAUUAUUAUUAUUAUUAUUAUUAUUAUUAUUAUUAUUAUUAUUGUUGUAAUUAGUGAGUUGCGGCUAGGGUGUUGAGGGGGACACUGUAUGAAUGAAUCCUUGCUCACUAUGCGGCUGGCCAUGGCCGGCGGGACUGAGGCAAACAGGGUCCUGGGUAAUGAAUGCCCUCUUGGUGGUAUACAGUCACUCCUCAGGCGAUGACACUGGCUCUUAGUAAACACUGGUCACUUCUGUCUUCAUCAAAACAUUAGCCAUAAAAGUGCAAAGUAGUCUUCACGAUAUUUCAUUACUAUUAUUCUUAGUGUAUGGUUGUGGUGGGUUGGAUCACCACCUUGUCAUUGUCAGUGGUGGUGGCAGUGGUGGUGUGAGUGGCGAGUGGGAGAAGUGUGCUGUAAGUGUGUGUGAUGUGAUGAGGUGUCUUGCUGUCUGGUUGCAGAGGAUUUGGUCACCACCCUUGUUAGUGAUGGUGGUGGUGGCGGUGUGAAGGAUGAGUGAACGAGUGUGUGAAGUGUGGUGUAGUUUUGCGUGGCAUGUGAUGUGCAGGGUCUGACUACUGACGGUUAUCAUCUUUAUUGUGACGUGAAGGCUGUGGGUGGUGUGGCGUCUCCCAACCCUUGCUGCUCCUAGGCUGUAAUAGAGAAGUGGACUGUGUAUACUUAACACUUACAUUGGAAAGGUUUAGGCUGUGUUGAGUUCGUCUUCUUUCAUUGUAGAGAUGAUUCCAGAUGGGAGGGAGUGCCGACCUGCAGCUCUUGUGCCACUCUUCAGCUUGUGUUCCUUGUUGCUUCAGUAGCCUUACUUAAUUCACACCUGUAUUUCAUUUAACAGACAAAUACGUACCAGUGGUAGUAGUGGACAUAUUCUACAGUGCAAUUUUAUUAUAAUGCAUAUAUUGUUACAGAGAUUAUUCUUUAUAGGGGGAGCCAAACUUCUAUCACUUUGUAACUCCAGAUUUUGUGAAGAGUUUGAAGGGGAACUGCAGAUAACAAUGCUCGGGUGCUGUGCCCAUCACAUUCACGUGUUGCAAUAUGAAGGUGCAGGUGUCAUUGGUGUUGUGCAAGUUGUCAGUGCUCAGAGAGGUGUUGUAGGUGUAACGGAAGUAGUGAGUGUUUAGUGGGAUUACGAUGGUGGCGUUGAAGCAUUGCUGUGUUGCCUGGAGAGCUGUCACAAAGAGGAGUGGUGAGGCCCACCCUUGGUGGCGAGGGACGUUAUCUCCCCGGCAAUAUGCGUAGUGAUAUUAACGAACGCAGAACACUAAAGGAAAAAGAAAUUGGUGCUUGUGAUAGAAAAUGGCUUAACUAUGCAACUCCAUAAUUAAAAUGCUAAUGGGAUUUUUUUCAUUGGAAGCUUCUUGAGACUUUUAACAUUUGUUCCAGUUGCGUAGGCCGUUUUAAUGCCAUUGCUCUGUGGGACUGUGGAAGGUUGCAGCGGAAGUCUGAGCAAGGCAGCAGGUGCAUGAAAGGCAGUGGAAGGCUGCUGCUGCUGCCGCUGUUGUAGGAGGAGGGCAGGCAUGAGGUGCUUCUCCUUGGGUGGGGGAGAGUUUCAUAUUUUAUACCUUAAGUAAAGUUGCUCUCAAGGUGACUAAUGGUGAGUUUUUAUACGGGAUUCGUGAUAUGAGGUUAUCGUGAGUUUCCCAACAGCAUAGAUGAAUGGCGUCCUCCGAUGAGUCAGGCUGUGAGGCGGAUUUGUUUCCCACAGACUAGCUCACCCACCCUCCCUCCCUCCCACCCUCCUGCUCCUUGGUUUUGACUGUUAUCACCCCCACCCUACCCCAUUAUUAUUAUUCCUGUAAGAGAGAGAUUCUAUAGGACUGUCUGGUUAAUGUAUAAAUUCACACAGGAACCAGAGAUGUACCUUGAUGAUUGUGGUGAGGAGAAAGGGAGCACCAGCUGGGCCCUGAGGCUGCGGGAGGCUGGUGUAGAGGCGUCACUUGAGUGUUAACAUUAUUUUCCCUCCCGUGCGAGUGUUGAUCAGCAUGGCCAGUGUGCUUCCUUUCCCCACAGUAGUUAUUCAAGGCUGGUAUGGGUAUAUUUAAUAUGUUUUGUGUACAUAUUGAUAUAGUAAAAUAUACAUGGUUCCCUUCAUA